AUGGCAAAAGACCUCUUCUUGCGGCCUCACUUGUCUCCAACAACUGAGAAGCUCAAGAGUACUGAGUUCGUCAAGAUUUGGGCCAGCACGUCAUGCUACCUCAGCCAACGGCUGGCUCUCCACCAGGUGGGACUUACCUCCUUCUCCUCCCCUCACAUCCUGACGAAGGUUGAUGAAGUCCUGACAGACCUUUGCCAUGGAGUGCAACUGGUUUGCCCCUCCUUUGAAAGACGGAACAAUGCCCCAGCACGACCCUGCAACGCACAGAUGUGCAACGGACCACCUCCUCUGUCCAUUCGGAUGUACAAUAAGGCAUGGGCAGGGCACUCAGCGCCGUCACCAUUCUCUGACAAGUCAUCCAUCUGUCCCUCCAAGACUUCUGAUCCACCACCUCCUCUGUUUCAGGCUGUCCGCAUUCCUGGACUUGGGACUUUUGUGGUUGUCAGAGAGCGAGUAGUCAGCAAGGAGAAGGAUCCGGUGGUUGUGGAGAGACCCGUGUUUCAUCUUGCGAACGCUAUCGCGCGGGACCAUGGCCUCCGAUAUGGUUGCAUAGACGUUCCUGGUCAUCAACAUUUUGAGCAACUGCCAUACGCUCAGAUAGCCUCAGACAACGCUGUCUCUGAGGGCACGGUGCAGCUCUGCGUGGAAAGGACCAUGCGUCUUUUCCGUGUCUGCCUCGAGAACAGGGAUAACGUUGCCCUCGUUUGGAGGGACGUGGGCAUGCUGAUCAUCCAGGGAAGAGACGUAAAAAUGAGAUUUUACACAGACUUUCUGAAAAGGCUGAAUGGGACUGACCAGAUGUUGCAAGCUGUUCUCGAGAUGCCAGAGAUGAGGGACUCGGUCAUCUCACGCCAUGACACUGCUGCUUCCCAGACCUCUUCUGGGCGUGUUGUCGUCCUACCGGGGUACAAGCUUGAGACCGUGCCUAAAAUGCCAACAGUGAAAGCAGACCUGACAGGACAUGUGAAGGCCACCCCAGAGAAGGGCUGGGGAAAAGGUGAUGGCAGUGGAAAGAAAGAGGACCUUGCCGAGCAGCGCCUCCUUCGUCGAGCAAGGCUUUCUCCAAAGCGGUUACCUGCAGCGACUGUAAAGUCAGAGCAGGGUCAGAAAGCUGAGGGGAGGGAGCCUCGCGCCAGGCAGCUACCGGCCAUCCAGGGGAGCUCCUUGAAGGAAAAGGAGGAGAAAGAGAAACAGAAACUAAUUCCUCUGGUCGAACCCCGAACAGUAGACUUCAUUGCCAGAGCUAUUGAGAGGAGAGAAAAGAAUAAACACUUGAAGAGGAAGGAGAAGCUUCCAGAACACAUCCAGAAAUACUUGGAUAAAGAGGAAAAGGAGAAAACAGAGCUGGCGGAGGAGGAAAAAAGUAAACUGCAAACCCGGCCAGUGACCAAAAAGAAGGCUAAGAGCGAAAAGGAGACGGUGAAAGCGAAAGCUAAGAGAGAAAAGGAGACACAGAGGAGCCAGGUACUUUGAA